UGGGCCACACCUACCUGGCACCCGACGAUGCAUAAGUGGGGUUUGGGUUGCAGUUUGGGCACUCAGUCUCUAAAAGAUUCGCCAUCACUGGUCUAAGUGCUAUUGCUCUAUGGUGCCUAUGUUUGUCCCCAAUCCAAGAUUUAACCAGUUCGAUGCCUUCUCUGCUUGCUUUGGAAUAAAAAUAGCUUUUACCCCAUUCAACCAACUAAACUUCAACCCUUGUAAGGUCUAUAAAGCUUUGCCAUCCUUUUAUCUUGGAGACCAGGUCAGGUGGCCUUUUGCAGAGGUGGCUAAUGAGUUAGGAGUGGCUGAGAGACGUGGGCAGCUCCUCACAUACACAGACACGUCUCUAACCACUAGGCAGCCUCUACCCCAGCUGUUCCUCCUUCCCAAGUUUGGCUCUUCCUUAGCACCAUUCUUCUCACACCCCAUUAGCACCACCUCCCUUUAUCGAAAUCAACAUCUCUCCAGCUUUCAACCACAAGAGGUUAUUUGUCCAAUUUCUUAUUUGUGCAACUCCGAAAUGGCGCCCGUGGGAAACAUUUCAAUUUAGAUGAAGCACCCUCUUCUUUCUGUCAGUCUCAUGACAGGAGAUCUGCAAAUGAUUUCAAACUGGGCUGCCUGCAAGUUCCUCUAGAUUUGUCAUUUUUAGUCAAGGGGAGACCCUGGGAGGUUGGGAUCCGUGGCAAGCUCUGGGCCUCCCCGUCUGGCCUUCUUCCUAGUAUCUUCCAGCUUGCCUCUGGUCGGGCUGUCUGAACCACCAUUUCUGUUCAAUCAUUGUAAACGGGUUUCAAGAUGCUGAUUGUGUCUAGUCUAACAGAACAGAAGGACUAUGGGUGAUGUGAUAGCAGUCACCCAAUAUUUGAGGAGCUGUCAAAGGGAAGAGGGAAUAGAUCUAAUCUCCAGAGUGCCUCCAUCUAUCAUCUAGCUGUGUCUCAUCAUCUCUCUCUUUUUCUAUCAUGCCUAUCUUCUAUCCAUCCGUCUUGUCUGUCUGUCUAUUGUCUAUCUAUGAUCAUAUUCUAUAUCAUCUAUUGUCUAUCUGACUAACUACCAUCUGUCCAUCAUCUCUCUCUCUUUUUCUAUCAUGUCUAUCUUCUAUCCAUCCAUCCAUCCGUCUGUCUAUCAUCUAUUGUCUAUCUACGAUCAUAUUGUAUAUCAUCUAUUGUCUGUCUGUCUACCUACCAUCUGUCCAUCUCUCUCUCUCACACACACACACACUAUCAUGUCUCUCUACUAUUUACUACCGUCUAUCUAUCCUUUCUCUCUCCCCCUUUCUCUGUCAUCUUCAUCUAUUUGCCUCUAUGUAUCCAUCAUCUCUAUCACUCUCUCCUCCCCAGAUUCAAGCUGAUCUGAGCGACUGCACCUCCCUCGCAGCGCGGUCCUGCCCGCUACGCCCCGGCGGGCUGACUCGGAGGAAAGCACAUGGUUUCCCCGAAGAGCCCUGCCGCUUUCCUACUCCGGGCGCCAAUGCCAAGCGUAGGUUUCACUUUCGCACCGGGGCUCCGCCGGCUGGCCAUUUUCCUCAGAGCGCCUCGCGCCUCGCGCCUCGCGGCGGCCGGAGCCGAGCCGAGCCGGGCUGCAGCCGCGCCGAAGGAGACGGCCUCCAACAAGAUGAUCUUCUGGAAGUGAUCUAGGGGGCCUGGGAAGCCCCCCAAAACGUACGGAAAAUAUGAAGCCUUCCCCUUGACACGUCUGGAGAGUUGCAGAGGCAACACAGCUGAAGACAGAGGAAUUUGCAGGAUGAUGGUGAUGGAUGGUGCAAAACGCCGAAGCAUCAUCAGAAGAGUUUGGCCACAGCUAGUAGACUUCCUGAGCCACCAUUCAGAGUGGUUGCUGAAGAAAGCUGAGAUGCUUCUGUCUCAAGACGACCUGAGUUUUGUCGGCAGGGUGCCAGACCUUGAGAGGAAACGUUUACUGAUCCUGGAUAUGGUCCUAAGAGAUGUGGACGCCAAUCCCGAGGUCUUCAGAAAGUUCAUCCAGAGCGUCUGUUUCGAAUGCAGCCUUCCCAUGGAGCUCGAGAUCAUACUGAUGAGCGUCUCUCAAGAAGGCGGUGUAUCUGAAGGACAAGAUGACCAGAAAGGUUGCUUCCCAUCAAGUUCGAGAAAGCUUGAAAGACGCCGUCCAUUCAGCAAUUUCUCCAGCAACAACGGGAAAGAAUCCAAGCAGAAACGACUUGAUGCUGCUGAAAGGUACUGUCAACACAUCCUCAGCUUGAUGUUUAGAAAGUUUGGAAUUGACCGCUCUGCAGAGACAGCAGAAACAAAAGAUGAGCCAUUGGCUUUCAGCCAAAAGUUUGUCAACCUCGUCAUCCAUCACAGCAGAGCAUCCAAGUUGAAGGUGGGAAGCAAGAAGAUCAAAGAGGAACCAGUGUCCCCACACGAAUUCAAGGACCAUGGCAAUCCGAUGGAGAACUUGUCCGAGCUCUUCAAAAGUGUCCAGAUGGGCAUCACCCAGGUUGUUCUGCUUUUGGGCAAGGCUGGAAUGGGAAAAACAUGCUUUGUUCAUCAAAUCUGUCAGCAGUGGGCUGAGGGAGCCCUUCCCCAGUUCAAAUUGAUCUUCUUCUUUGAGUUCAAGCAGCUGAACCUCAUCGCCAAGAGAAAACUAACUCUCCAAGAACUCUUGUUUGAAUAUUUCCUCCAACCAGAUCAGCCUGACACCGUGUUUCAAUUCCUCCUGGAGAAUGCCCAACAGACCUUGGUUAUCUUGGAUGGUCUGGAUGAGUUCGUGGAGAACCUUCCCCUCCCACCCAUCCCUUUCACUUCCUCCUCUGAUCUUCUCAUGCCUUGUUCUGUCUCUGAACUCGUGGCUAAUCUUUGCCACGGAGAACUCUUGGCGGGUUGCACAGUGCUGAUUACCAGCAGGCUAAACCUACUCCCUGCAGAAUUAGUCAAGGGUACCGUUGCGCUAGCAGAAGUCUGGGGAUUCCACCGGGACAACGUUGAGGAAUACGUCAGCUAUUUUUUCCAAGAGCCUUUCCAGAAAGAGCAAGCCCUUACUCUUCUGAACGACAAUGGCAAACUCUUGAGCAUGUGUUACAUUCCUGCGAUGUGUCACAUUAUCUGCACUUGCCUGAAACAUUUGUUCCUUGAAGAUGCAGAGAAUGUCCAGCUUCCUCAAACCAGGACCCAGUUUUACACCACGAUGCUCCAGAUCUUCAUCUGCAAACAUCAGGGCGGGAGGACUUUGAAUGAAAUAGACAUGGGUCAAUAUCAAACAACCCUGACAGAUCUGUGUGAGUUGGCCUUCAGGGGCCUUGAGGAGAACAAAAGAGUCUUUGAUGCUGGAGAGGUCCCAGAACACGUGAAAGAUUUUUUUUGUCACUUUGGCCUUCUUUUGGCCUCUGAGGUUAAAAUGGGCAAGGACCCUGUACAAAUGGCUUAUACUUUUACUCAUUUUAGCUUUCAAGAAUUCUUUGCAGCUCUCUUCCUGUUGGCAAGCCCCACAGUAGAUUGCAAGAUAUUGAAGGAAAACUUCUCCCUGAGAUCAAAGUGGAUUCUGAAGAAAGAAACAAGGAUGUCCUUUACAGAGAACUACCAUAUCUUCUUGUCUGGCCUUUCAUCUCAAGGGUGUAGACCAUUCCUUUGUUGCUUAGCUGGGCGGAACGAGGUCUGGAUUCAGGAACGGCAAAAUAUCAUCACGGAGAUAUUGCAGAAACUCGCGGUUGCUAAUUUGACAGGACCCAGGAUAGUAGAGUUGUGCCACUGUGUGUACGAGACACAAGACAUCAGCCUAGCACAGCACAUUGCAAAAGAGUUAGCUUUCAAAUACCAAUUCAGGAACGUGGGGCUGAUGCCCUUCGACAUGGUGACUUUAGCCUUCCUCAUCAAUGGAAGUCCUCAUGGUGUGUGCUUGGAUUUUGUUGGCUGCCCCCUGGAAUUGGACUAUUUGGACAUCUGGGGCAGUUGUGAAAAUAUAAAGAGCUUGAGCUUCAAGAACAGGCAAUAUGGAAGUGAGUUUGCAGGAGCCCUUUCCAAAACCAUGCCUAAGAUCAAACACCUGACAACAUUUAAGUUAACUGGUGGAAAUCUUAGAAGCCCAGGAUUUGAAGAUCUCAUUCGAGUUUUUCCUAACUGUCACCAGCUGGAAGAAAUAAAUUUGCAGGACAACAAGUUGAAGGAGCAGGACAUGAUCAAGUUGGCAGAAAUAUUUCCCACCGUGGAAAAGUUGAAGAGAAUGGAUUUAAGCCACAACAAGAUGUCCGUGGGCACCGUGCUGGCCUUCAGCAGAGCAGUUGCAAAAUGUCCCAAAGUUUCCAGCCUUGAAAUAAGGAAGAACAUAUUAAUAAUCUCCCUUGCCAACUUCUCUCCAAAAGAACCUAGGUUAAAAGAUGUGGGAAUUAAUGAAGAAGAAAUUGCUCCCAAACCCAGAAGUUUAAUUUUACAGUUGCAAGAUUGCCAGUUAGAUUCACGAGCGGCAGAGGAGUUGGUGGACAUUCUCCAGAACUGUUCCCGCCUGUCUAAAAUCAAUUUAUCAGAUAACCAACUUGGUGAUGAAGGGUGUGGAAAGCUGAUGACUGUGGUGUCCCAGAUGUGCACAUCUGGUCCUCUCACUUUAAGCAACAACCGGCUCUCGCUUAAGAGCAUUUUUUGUCUCCUGGACACAGCAAAUCUUUGCCCAAAUGUUGUGAUGCUGGAAGCCAGUGUUGAUCAACAAAUUGCAGUUCUGACCUUUGCGAAUAAAGGCAGCCCUGAUGCCCUUCAGUCAAGGAAUUACCACUUUCAUGAUGCCCAGUUAAACAAAUGUCAACAGAUGGAGAUGGCAUCAAAGAAAAUAUGCCUGACAGGUAAUCAUUUUCAUGGCGAAGAUCUCAAGAACUUGUGCUUAGCCUUGAGAAGGUGUAGCAGCAUAUUCAAAUUAGACUUGUCAAGUAAUUCUCUGGGUGACUCAGGAAUCCUGAAGAUAAUGGAUUCCAUCCGAGAUCUGAAGAAUUUGAAUUCUUUAAUUCUGGAUAAUAACCAAAUGUCACUGGAUGGUGUCUUUUCCUUGCUGGAAGUCUUCUCCAUCUUACAACAUAUCAACUCAGUGCAAUUAGGUUUGGGAAGCAUCCAGAAAUGUCACUUAAGCUUUGGAGAACAAAUCAGAUAUAGCCCGGCCAGCAAGCAUGCCAGGAAACAGCUGAGCAGCCGUUGCUUGUAUCUCGAGGGUUGCACAAUUGGGCUGGACAUGACUCGCCUCUUUAGGAUUCUCACCAAAUGCUCUGGAUUGGCAGAAAUCAACUUCUCUGGAAAUUCACUAGGUGAUCAAGAGCUUAAGCAGAUGCUGUUGUGCCUGCCCAGUCUCAGCAGUUUAAGAUUGUUAAGUGUCAGAGAUAAUGCGUUUUCAACCAAUGGGAUUUGCUUGCUGGCCAAUUCGUGCAACUGGUGCAGCAGACUCUCCGAAGUGAACCUCAGAUCAAGGAAAAAUGCUUUUUUGCGUUUUGUGGAAAGUCAAGCAAGUCACGCGCUGUUCUGCAGGUUCGUCAACUGUGACAUUGACUGGGCUGAUCUCAGAGCGUUGGGUGCCGUGUUUGAAAACUGUGACCAUCUUGCAGAACUGGAUCUAUCUGGGAACAGUCUUGACAAUGAAGCACUGAGGUGUCUUUUCGGACAUUUGCCCAAGACCCAGAAUUCGUGCUUAUUGAAAAUCAACCGCAAUAGAAUCUCUCAAGAUGGGAUUCUCCUGCUUGUUAAUUUCCUUGCCACAAUGGACGAUGUGGUUGAAGUUCAUGCAAGUUUGUGCCCUGAAAAAAUGCUACUUAUCACAUUCAGGAAACAAGCUAAACCUCAAAAGAUCCUGAAUCUAAAGGAAUGUGACUUCCAAGCAGAACAUCUGGCACAACUGUUGAGUAGGCUGGAAGAAUGCCCUGCCCUGAGUGAUUUCACAUCCAUUAAUAAUGGCCUGACACUCAGCAGCGCUAAAACCCUCCUUAGGGCCUUAAAGAGAGCAGCUGGUGUGCAAAAAAUAAGCAUAGAAGAACCAUGGGUGGCAGAUGAAAGCUUCCUUGCCCUCCUGAGUCUGGCUGCUGAAGUCCAGGGAGAAGUGAUCACCAUCAUGAAAGCUGGUUCUUUCUUCACGUUGGAACAGGAAUUUUCUCCUCAGGUGGGGAAAGGACAGUUUGUGGUCGACAGGUGGUUUGGCUGUUCCAGGACAUCUCACCUAUUGUUUCCUGAUGCUGAAGGACCAACCUCAUUUGAUGCUUUGGUGCAUUUUCCAGCCCUGCAGAAACUUUGGUUAACCAAUGGCAGGAUUCUUCCCACCAGCAUUGAACAUGUAGCUGAGAUAUUGCAACGGGGCCUUUUCAUUGAAGAGAUUAAUUUUUCCAACAGUGACCUCAGUUCGGAUGGCCUCAGUGUUCUCCUAGAUGCUUUGGCAGGCAAAUUAAAGAGCAUCAAUUUGGGCUCUUUGAACCUUGACAACACCACAAUUCUGAAGUUGUCGUCAAAGCUCUCUACAAUGCCUUUCCUGAGAAGACUUGGUUUGAGCAACAACCAUCUUGACAGUCCAGUAUGUUCUCGCCUUGCAGAAGGUUUGAAGACUAUACCUCAAAUAGAAGAGAUUGACUUAAGUUGCAACAAGAUUCAGGAUGCAGGCAUGAAAGAGAUAGCUAUGGUCCUUCCAGGAAUGAAGAACGUGAAGCUAAUCAAUUUCUCCUGUAACAGCAUCACUUCAGCUGGAGGACAAUGGAUUGCAGAAGGUCUGCUUGAGAGUGAGAGGCUGGAAAUACUCAAAUUAUCUGGGAACAGAAUUGGAAAUAAGACUUUGGAAAAACUGGCUCCAAUUUUGCCUUUCAAGAAGCAUUUGAAAGUCCUCCACCUCUCUUCCUGCCAGCUGGAUUCUGAAGGACUCGGCCAUUUGGUGGGAAUCUUGGCCAAAUGUCCACAGAUAGAGGAAAUCAGCUUGUCAGAAAACAACAUUGGAGAUAAAGGUGUGAUGUCCUUUAUGACACCAUGGCCACCAUCUUCACAACUCAGGAAGAUUGAACUAAAAGUCUGCGGUAUCAGUGAUGGUGCUUCCCAAACUCUAAUUGUCGGACUCAGCUGCUGUCCUUUCCUUGAAGAGAUUGUCUUGUCUUGGAAUAAGCUUGGUGAUGAAACUGCCAAAGAGCUCGCCAUGGUUCUCCCUGGGAUGAUAAGGUUGAAGAUUUUGGAUCUAGACAACAACUGUAUCACAACCUACGGUGCUUCUAUGUUAGCAAGGCAGCUGCCUCGAUGUCCUGGAAUCCAGACUAUUCGGUUAUGGCACAAUCCAAUCCUGAAGGAUGUCAAGCAGAAGCUGGCAGAUCAAGAGCCACGAUUACAUUUUGCUUGAGAUGGGAGAAGCGGAACCCAAACCUGCGGCUUUGAGGGAGAUUUGCUACUGUCCAGAGUCUUUUAGACACGUGACAGUAAAGAGAGUUCCUUGGAUCUCAUUAAAGAAGCCUUUCCCCAGCCCAUAAAUGAGACCGUAUCAAAUCACCCUUAGUUCUACUGGUAUUAAAGUGGCCCUUUCUGUUUUAUUCCAACGCUGUCCUCAAGAUAACGACCAAUCCAGAAGGUUGUGUUGCUGUUUUCUUUGGAGACAAACCGAGGAACUGCAGGGCCUCGGAACAGAGGCUUUGGAAAAAGGAAUUUGGGGCCCACCCAGCCUUGGGGAAAGACUUGAUGUCUGCAAAACUGGAUUUCAUCUUCUUGAAAUAUCUUCGCUCAGACAGAGUACCAGAGGAAGUACGUUAAUUUUGCACUAAUGCACUCAGAAUCCUUCACAGGCAAGAAAACACGGGACUCUGCAAUACAAACGAACACUGAGUUUUUACCUGUAUUUAUUUAUUUAUUUUCCCCUAUCACAAGUUACUUUAGUUGGCUGAUGCUAAGGCUGGUGGUACCUGAGAAUAUAAGAAACAAAUUCAGCCUUCAAGGGGUUUUCCAGAGAUUCCUGCUAGAUGGCGCUCUGCCCUUACGAGAAUGGGACAGAUAAGCAGCGAUUGUUUUCUAUGGGAUGGUAAAAAAAGUUCUUAAUUCUAAGAAUCCCUGGACACAGACAUCUUCAUUUGUGAGUUCAAGAUUUUGCUCAAGAAAAUAGACGGAGGUUGGUCCUACGAUUAAGCAGGCGGCAGAACUGAGAGGUAGAAAUUAAGUGAUCCUUGAGCUCCCCAGCCCCUAAAUUAUCUGGAGAUGCUGCCUGUUGCCCAAGGAAAAGAUCCAAGUGGAGACCAGUGGAGACCAGUAGGGCUUAGUAGGUGCAGAAAGUAAGAAAGCUGACCUUGAUGGAGAUAUGCAGUAACUGUUUCCUAGGUAAAAGAGAAGGAAGAGUUUUUAAAGUCAAGAAUACCUUAUAGAACAGGGGUUCUCAACCUUGGCAACUUUAAGACUAGUGGACUGCAACUCCCAGAAUUCCUUUGCUGGCUGAGGAAUUCUGGGAGUUAA